GUUUCAAGAUAGUGACACGGAGGUUCCCGCUUGAUUUAUACUCUGCUUUUUUGCAAGAUUUUAUUAUUGUUUUUUUUUUAUGAUUUUGUUUACUAAAACGUGUACGCUAUUUUGUUUUGACAUCACAAGCGUUUUCUCGCUGUGUGUGUAGUUUAAAGACGCUCCCUUCAGAAUUAUAACGGAGUCUCGGCGCCAUCAUUUUUUUCCGUGUCUCGAAUAAAAGUGAGUUUAUGUUUCUCCAUUUAAACAGCCAGAAUCGAUUCUGUAUGGAAUAUCAAAGUGUUUCAUAGGAACUAAGUCAUGAUUUUCGUGUAGCUGCUUCAUAGAAAGACGGUGGAUUUUGUGAAUCUGUGUAAAUAAGAGUCAGUGCUGGAGAUCAGAUUCUGUUUCAUCAUGGAGGACACACAAACAUCCACAGAUCAAGAGUUUUCUCCAGGAUGCAGUUCGGUUGAUCAGAAGAGAUCAGAAGCAGAGUCCAGCUGUGUGUCUGUGAGGAGUGAUGGGUCUAUGAUUCAUCCAGAAAAUUUUAAGAGUGGAGAUACAAAGACUGUUCUCAGGAUCUGCAGUCAGAGAUCUUCAUCUCCUGAUCACAGCUGUGUGUCUCUGAAGAGUGACGGAUCCAUGCGUGAUCCUCCUAAACUCAGUGAUGAAGCAGUGACCUCUGACCCCAGCAGAGCAGAUGGAGAGCGAAGCGUCUCUGGAGGAGUCUCCUCUGUCUUCUGUCUGAACAACACGAGCGUUACAGCGUCUCUGAAUAAACAUGAUCAAGCACUGAAUGAUGAACUACAGAGAGUCAAAGAGCAGCACAAAACCAGCAUGAAGAACAAGUAUGAGAGAUUAUGUGAGGGACUGAAACUCCAGGAGAAUGAAAGCCUCCUGAACAGCAUCUACACACAGCUCUACAUCAUAGAGGGAGAGAGAGAAGGAGUGAAUGAAGAACAUGAGGUUUUACAGAUGGAGAAAACAGCCAGAACACAACACUCACAAGACGCUCCAAUCUACUGCAAUGACAUCUUUAAAGCCUCCGCUGAAGCAGGAUCUGAGGAGAAAGAGCAGAUCAAGACUGUUCUUACUAAAGGCAUCGCUGGAAUCGGAAAAACCGUCUCUGUGCAGAAGUUCAUUCUGGACUGGGCCGAGGGAAAAGCCAAUCAGGAUGUAGAUUUCAUGUUUGUGCUUCCAUUUCGAGAGCUGAACUUGAUCCGAGAUCAUCAGUACAGUCUUCACAGACUUCUGCUGGACUUUCAUCCUGAACUUCAAGAUCUGGACUCACAGAUUUAUGAGGAGUGUAAAGUUGUGUUCAUCUUUGAUGGUCUGGAUGAAAGCAGAAUCACACUGAUGUUUUCAGACGCUCAGAAAGUUUGUGAUGUGACUGAGACUUCAUCAGUGGCUGUGUUGAUGUCAAAGCUGAUGAAAGGAGAGCUGCUUCCCUCUGCUCUCAUCUGGAUCACCUCCAGACCAGCAGCAGCCAAUCAGAUCCCCUCCGAAUACAUCCACCGUCUGACAGAGAUUCAGGGAUUCACUGAGCCUCAGAAGGAGGAAUAUUUCAGGAAGAGAAUCAGUGAUGAGCAUCAAGCCAGCAGAAUCAUCUCACACAUCAGAAGAGCAAGAAGCCUCCACAUCAUGUGCCACAUCCCCGUCUUCUGCUGGAUCUCAUCCACUGUGCUUCAGAAGCUCCUGGAAGAAGAUCUGAGUGCAGAAAUCCCUCAAACUCUGACUGAAAUGUACAUCCACUUCCUGCUGAUUCAGAUCAACAUGAGGAAGCAGAAGUAUGAAGAGAGAGAUCCAGAGAAACUCCUGCCGUCCGACAGAGAAGUGAUUGUGAAACUUGCUGAAGUGGCUUUCAAACAGCUGAUGAAGGGCAAUGUGAUGUUCUAUGAGGAGGACCUGAUUGAGAGCAGCAUAGACGUCACUGACGCCUCGGUGUAUUCUGGGAUUUGCACUGAGAUCUUUAAGGCGGAAUCUGUGAUUCAUCAGAGGAAAGUCUACAGCUUCAUUCAUCUGAGCGUUCAGGAGUUUCUCGCUGCUUUCUAUCUGUUUUACUGCUAUUUAACAGAGAACAAGAAAACACUGCAUGAAUUCAGUUUAAACAGAUCUGAUGAAGUCUCUCUGUAUGAUCUACUAACAUCAGCAGUAGAUACAGCUCUCGAGAGUGAGAAUGGACGUCUGGAUCUGUUCCUGCGGUUCCUGCUGGGCGUCUCACUGGAGUCCAAUCAGAGACUCUUACAGGAUCUACUGACACACACAGAGAACAGUUCAGAGACCAUCAGCAGAACCACACGGUACAUUAAAGAGAGGAUCAAAGAUGAUCCUGAACACCAUCGUCUCUCAGCUGAUCAGUCCAUCAAUCUGUUCCUCUGUCUGCUGGAAGUGAAAGAUCAGACUCUGUUCAGAGAGAUUCAGGAGUUUGUGAAAUCAGACAAACACUCAGAGGAGAAACUCUCUGCUGCUCACUGCUCAACAAUCUCCUACAUGCUUCAGAUGUCAGAGGAGCCUCUGGAUGAACUGGACCUCGAGAAAUACAACACAUCAGCUGAGGGCAGAAGAAGACUGAUACCAGCUGUGAUCAACUGCAGAAAAGCUCUGUUGAGAGAUUGUGGCGUCACAGAUGAAGGUUGUUCUGCUCUGACUUCAGCUCUGAGAUCAAACCCCUCACACCUGAGAGAACUGAGUCUGUCUGGGAAUAAAAUAAGAGAUUUGGGAGUGAAGUGUCUCUGUGCUGUACUGGAGGAUCCUCGCUGUAAACUGGAGAAACUGUGGUUGAGUGAUUGUGGCGUCACAGAUGAAGGUUGUUCUGCUCUGACUUCAGCUCUGAGAUCAAACCCCUCACACCUGAGAGAACUGAGUCUGUCUGUGAAUAAAAUAAGAGAUUCAGGAGUGAAGUGUCUCUGUGCUGGACUGGAGGAUCCUCACUGUAAACUGGAGAAACUGUGGUUGAUGAGGUGUGACGUCACAGAUGAAGGUUGUUCUGCUCUGACUUCAGCUCUGAGAUCAAACCCCUCACACAUGAGAGAACUGGAUCUGUCUCUGAAUAAAAUAGGAGAUUCAGAAGUGAAGUUACUCUCUGAUCUGAAAGCUGAUCCAUGUUAUAAACUGGAGACAUUAUACUGCUGACUCUCAGUAUUUAGAUGUCAGUUCAGUUUCCUCAGGAUCAGCUGAUGGUGAAUAAGAGCCGCUACAGGAAUCAGUGAUGUGAAGUUAAAUGAAUGCAUGGAAGUGUAAUGUGUGGAGCAGUGUUGAUGAACAGAAGAAACAAGCUUCAAGGAAACUGAAGUAAUUCAGCAAAAGAAGUUUUUAUCCAAAGGAUAUUAAGAAAAUAGUUGAUAUGUUUAUACAGCACUGAAAACCAAGAAAAUCAAUGUGAUAUUUUCAGUGAUGGGCUUAUAUCCUGAGCUGUCCAGAUUUAAUAUAGAUCAUCAUAACUGUGUAUCCUGAAAUUCAGAAAUAGACAACUUAUCACUACAUUUUCUUAUAUUUUAAUCAGGUCUAACAUUUGAGUGUGUAACCUUUGUAUAUAUGUGUUUAUUUUUAUUAAAAGAGAAGAGGGACUUCCACUUGAUAUCAUCA